UUGAGACAGUAAGCCCAGCGAAUCGCUAAGUACAGUGCAAAGCAAAAGUUGUGCCACAUUUCAAAAAGGAUCUCAUAGCGACCAAGCAGAGGCAGCGAAAACAGCUGGACAAAGGCGCUGGCAGAAUUCAAACUAAAAAUACACAAAUAAAUAUACAUAUAAUGGACAGUUUAAGGCAAUUUGUUUUACCAAUUUUGGCGUGGCUAUUAGCGCUCCAGCAAACACAAGGCUAUGCCAUUCAACAUGAACCCGCCGAGCGUCGCAUGCAUCCCGUCUUCAACUUUAAAUCCGCCCUGCCGACCGAGCACACCAUACACAAACGUGCCAUGCCCAUGAUUAAUUUCGAUGCGCCCAUUGCCGAGGAGGAGUACUCACACUAUUGGAAUUCGAUUGGUCAGAACAUCUUGGAGAAGCAGAUUGCCGAGAAGGCACAGCUGAAUACAAAUUUGGCUAAAAAUAUUAUCAUGUUUCUCGGUGACGGCAUGUCCAUACCAACUUUGACAGCGGGUCGCGUUUAUUUGGGCGGCGAAGAGAAGCAAUAUAGCUUUGAACGGUUCCCCUAUGUGGGCCUCAGUAAGACCUACUGCGCUAACACGCAGGUUGCCGACUCCGCUUGCACCGCUACCGCUUAUCUCGGCGGUGUGAAAACCAAUUACGGCACAAUCGGUGUAUCCGCAGCCAUCGAAGCGAACGAUUGUUUGGGCCAAAACAACUCAAUACAUCACGUCACUUCGAUUGCUGCCUGGGCGCAACGACAAGGCAUGGCAACAGGGCUCGUCACAACCACGUCGGUAACACAUGCAUCCCCCGCCGGUGUCUACGCACACGUUGCCAACCGCAAUUGGGAGAAUGAUGCAGAGGUGUUGUCUGAUAACGGUGAUCCACUCGUCUGCACCGAUAUCGCUACACAGCUGGUGCACGGUGAGGUGGGCCGCAAUCUGAAUGUUAUCUUGGGUGGUGGACGCAAGCACUUCCUACCCAACACCGUGCGCGAAUUGGAGGGCGAGCUGGGUGCGCGCUUAGAUGGACACAACUUGAUCAAAGAAUGGCAAGCGAUGCACGGGCGCGACGCGCAUUAUGUGCAGACACGCGAUGAACUGUUGAAUUUACCCACCACCACCACACGCGUUAUGGGUCUCUUUGGCGCUAAUCAUAUGCCCUUCCAUCUGGACGCCGACGCCACGCUCACACCCACACUCGCCGAGAUGACUUCGAUUGCACUGGACAUAUUGGAGCGUCAAAGUAAUGGGCGCGGCUUCUUCCUAUUCGUCGAAGGCGGACGCAUUGAUCACGCACAUCACGACACACUCGCCAUGAAAGCGCUCGACGAGACUGCUGAGUUUGAUAAAGCUAUCAGCUUAGCGCACGCACGCACCGACGUACGCGACACGCUGACCGUCGUCACCUCGGACCACUCACACACCAUGUCUGUCGCCGGCUACUCAUCGCGCAAAAAUGAUAUUAUUGGCGUAAACAACGGUCAAUUGGCUGAUGAUCAACUGCCCUACGCAACGCUGAGCUACGCAAACGGUCCGGGUUUCGAUUACAAUGUAUUGAAGGCGAAUGGCGCUAUUAAGCGCAAGAACUUACACAAAAUAGACAUGAAGCGCAAGGACUAUCCCUUCCCCUCAAUGGUGCCGCUCGAAUCGGAAACGCAUGGUGGUGAUGAUGUGGCCGUCUUUGCUACCGGACCAUAUGCGCAUCUCUUCACCGGCAACUAUGAGCAAAACUUCCUGCCGCACGCGAUGAGCUACGCGGCAUGCCUGCAGAGUGAUAAUAGCGCCAAGCGCUCGGCGUGCACGGAUGGGCUAUUGCGGGGGCGCACUUAGAGCGCAAUAGAGCUUGAUAGUCAUUAGAGGGGAAUUCUUUGGGUUUGGGAGCACCUGAUGCAUUAGUCUUGCUACAAUAUUCAUUAUCAUUUACUUAAUUUAUUAAUAUUUUUAUACUUUUCGUAAUAUGUGCACGCGUGAUUCAUAGUCCACUGCAGUAGGAGAUCAUGUACUUAUAGAAAUACAAUUAAAACUGCUAUAA